CCCAAAUGUCAGGACAGUACAGAUAUCCCCCAAAUGUCAGAACAGUACAGAUAUCCCCCAAAUGUCAGGACAGUACAGAUAUCCCCCAAAUGUCAGGAUAGUAAAGAUAUGCCCCAAAUGUCAUCACGGUACAGGAUAUCCCCCAAAUGUCAGGACGGUACAGAUAUCCCCCAAAUGUCAGGACAGUACAGAUAUCCCCCCAAAUGUCAGAACAGUACAGAUAUCCCCCAAAUGUCAGAACAGUACAGAUAUCCCCCAAAUGUCAUCACG